AUGGAUGUUGUUCAUAUUAGGGAGGGGGGAGGAGAUAUGUGGAUCUAUGGCUUUGCUGAUUGGUGGUUUGUUGUAGGGUUACUAGCUGCAAUCUCAGUGUUCUAUGUCUCCAAGGCGGCAACAAUGGUUAUGGCGGUGGUGGCAACAAGACGAUAG